AUGGACUUUUUGCCAGAUGCCAUUGUCCCGUGCAUCUUAGUCUAUGUAACCAAUGCAAAAGAUGUGGCUUCUGCUUCUUGUGUAUCAAAGAGAUGGAAGGAGUCAAUUCCUUAUCUCAACAAGCUUGUCUUCACUCGUAACAUUUUUGAUGAUGUUAAGAGGUUCUCUCCUGAUGACAUUAUUGGGCACAUGGUUUCAUCAAUUAAUAAAUUGGAAGAACUUGUUGUGUACUGUCCUUUUAGUGGUUCUGGCCUAGCGUCAUGGCUUUCAUUGGCAGGACAUUCUCUACGGAAGCUUGAACUAAAGAUGGAUGACAACCUUGUUGAUAUGAAUUCUUGCUCCAGGAAGUUGGACAGUAUCGGAGCAGCAACGAAUUUGGAGUCAUUGAAACUUUGGGGUGUGAAUAUGACUCGUGGCCCAAAAUGGCACACUUUCCAUAAGCUUAGAAAUCUUGAAAUAGUUGGUGCAGUAACAGAUGACUCUAACCUCCAUGCUGCAUUAAUGGCUUGCCCCAAUUUGAGUAACCUGUUGCUCCUUGGUUGUGAAGGACUGACAGAUGUCUUUAUUGAGCUUCCUCAUCUGGAGAAAUGCAAACUUGAUUUCAAUGGCUUAGGUAAAUGCUCCCUUACUGUCAAUUCUCCGAAGCUUCAACAUUUGGAAGUGCAAGGCUUUAGUGGGAUCAGAGUCCCUGCGACUCAAUUUCUCAGAGACCUCAUCAUUUCUAAUACUGCAGGACGGGUUGGUGCUCUUGAUUUUGGAAAGCUUGUGGCACUUGAGUCAUUGGAGAUGAGAGGAGUUCAAUGGUGUUGGAGUGCUAUACACUAUAUGCUUCAAUUGGCAAGUGAAGUCAAGCAUCUCCUCAUGAAGGUGGAAUUCACCGGGGAUUUUGAUGCUCUUCAGCCAUUUCCUGAGAUUGAUAUUGUUGAUUUCUUUAACAGUCAUCCCAAGCUAACAAAAUUUGAAAUCCAUGGUGCCAUGUUUGCUGCUCUUUGCCAGAGAAACAGUUUGAGAAAUGUGGACUCCAGAUUUACGAUCCCUUGCCUUGAGGAGGUUGUAGUCACCGUUAGGUCACCACUGAAUGCUGAACAAAAGAUGAGUACUCUAGAGUCUCUAAUCAACUGUGGAAAGAAACUGAGGAAGAUGAGAAUAAGAAUUCUUCAGAUGAAGAGCAGCCAUAGCAGCACAGAUGAUUUUUUUGAGGAUAUUUGCAAAUUCACUCACAGUCAUCGCAGGAUUGUUUCAAUCGAAUAAAAAAGAGUAGCCCAGUGCACAAGGCAUCCCGCAUUAGCAGGGUCCUCGGAAGGGCAGCACACCCAUUGUUUCAAUUGAAUAAUGAUU